UAGUUUACAACCAAAAAAACAAAUAAACAACCACCGUGCAGCGCAAAGGGCUUCAAAACCAGUAUUUUAAUUAUAAAAAAAAAAAGGAAGAAAAACAUAGAAUAGAAGAAGAUCGUAACCUCCCCGCAAAAAAAAAAAGAGUUCGUAACCCUAACUCUCCAAUUUACAAUCCGAAGAAUUUGCUGUAAUUACAAAAGAAAUUCCAUCUUUCUCUACCGAUUUACUGAUUUACCGAUUACAUAUUACAUAUUACGGAAAGUUCGAUUUCCUGCAUCAAUUCCAGUUAUUUUCGAGGAAGAUAAUUGAAGGAAUAUUUCGCCUAUUCCAAAAAAUUGAAGGUAAUUUUACUAUCUAUUAUAAUUUAUCAGGGAGCUUCUCUAAGCAGUAAAUUUCUCUUACAAGAUGGCUGGGACUUCAAGAUUUGGUGCCCUUGCACCCAGAACUAAGAAUGUGAUAGUUGCUGGGGGGCUGACAACUUUUGUCUUUGGAGUGUACUUCUACACCAUGCGAGCUGUUGGAGGUACUGAUGAACUUCAGGUAGCCAUUGAUAAGUUUGAAGAAAAGAAACACCAUGAUGAGGCCAAAGCAAACUAGCACAGAAUCUUGAUCCUGCACUUAUAUGGCAACCUGUGGAUGAUAAAAUUUUGAACUUUGUAGCACUAAGUUUUGGCUGGAUUCUAAAGUGAACUGUUUUGUUUUGCUGUUGCUAUAUUUAAAAAAACAUGUAGGAUUCUACACGGGCUGUAGCUUGACUGAUAAAGUAUGAGCAAAAAUGUUCAACAAUUAAAGUAUAUAGCAUAAGGAAAUAAGUGCUGUUGAA